AUGCAUGAAAUCAGUAAAUCUUUAAAUUUGAAGAAGCAGCAUAUAGCCUUGUCUGAUGAAGUGAAGCAAACUACUGAACCUUUUUCGGGCAUUGAUGUUUUGAAAUCUGUGCGGCUUCUCGUCAAUUUUGAUUCGUCUUCAGAUAAUGAGCUUCAAGUCAUUUGUGCAGAUUCUUCUAAAAAGCAAUUUAAAUUUGAUCAUGUAUUCGGGCUAGAAGAUAACCAAGAUGAUAUAUCGAAGCAGGUGAAGGAGAACUCAAACUCCAUGGAUGAAAACAGUGCUGACCUAAAAAGAAAGUACCUAGACGAGUCCUCUGAGCGUAACCGGUUUUACAAUGAAGUAAUUGAACUCAAAGGGAAUAGGAGAGUUUUCUGCAGAUAUUCUUCUAAGAAGCAAUUUAAAUUUGAUCAUGUACUCGGGCCAGAAGAUAACCAAGUAUUGGAUGGGUACAAUGUCUGCAUUUUUGCCUACGGACAAACUGGAACUGAGAAAACACUCACGAUGGAAGGAACACCAGAACAGAGGGGAGUUAACUACAGAAUCCUGGAAGAAUUAUUUCGGAUAACUGGAGAGAGACAUGGCAUAAUGAAGUAUGAAAUGUUGAGACACUAG